AUGGGCUUCACCGAUCUCCUCUCCGAUGCCGGUCUCACCGUGCUCAACAACUGGCUCCUUACCCGCUCUUACGUUACCGGGUACUCUGCCUCCCAGGCCGAUGUUGUCGUCUUCAAGGCCCUGAGCUCCGCUCCCGAUGCCGCCAAGUACCCCAACGCUGCCCGUUGGUACAAGCACAUCGCCUCCUACGAGGAGGAGUUCACCACCCUCCCCGGUGAUGCCAGCCAGCCCUACACCGUCUACGGCCCCGACGUCGCCGAGGUGACCCUCAACCCCGCCAAGGCCCCCGCCGCCGCCGCCGAGGAGGAGGAUGAGGAUGUCGACCUCUUCGGUUCCGACGACGAGGAGGAGGACGCCGAGGCUGCCCGCAUCCGUGAGGAGCGCCUCGCCGAGUACCGCAAGAAGAAGGAGGGCAAGGCCAAGCCCGCCGCCAAGUCCGUCGUUACCAUGGACGUCAAGCCUUGGGAUGAUGAGACCGACAUGGUUGCCCUCGAGGAGGGUGUCCGUGCCAUCGAGAAGGACGGCCUCGUCUGGGGUGCUUCCAAGCUCGUCGCCGUCGGCUUCGGUAUCAAGAAGCUCCAGAUCAACCUUGUCGUCGAGGACGAGAAGGUCUCUCUUGAUGAUCUCCAGGAGCAGAUCGCCGAGCUCGAGGACUACGUUCAGUCUUCCGACAUUGUUGCCAUGCAGAAGCUUUAA